CGCAGAUAUUUUCACGAAGAAGCAGACGAUGAGUGCCCUUUCUCGAAAAAGCCUUCGAAGCAAACAACGAAGGUUCCCCCUAAGGGGAAAGGGAGAAUACCUACAAAGGAAGAAACCAAUCGAAAGAUGAACCCAGGAAAAGAAACUCAGGCUUGGGGAAGGAAGGAUGGGGGAACGGAAUCGACAUCUCAGGAACCUAGGACGAAGAAUAAAGGUCCCGAGAACCCACCUUCAGACUUGGCUACAAGGACAGAUCAGGGGAGUGGAGUGGCGGUAAGUGGAGAGAAGUCACAGGGGGACCAGGGAAAGACUAGGGCACCCACCUACAAAGAAGUUUUGAAAUCCUCCCCCCCGCCCAUGCAUGAGAAAGGUCGAUCUGAACCCCCUUCUCCUCAAAUCAUUGGUUUUGAGGACAGAUUGAUGGAAUCAGCUCAAAAAUCUGAUGGAAAGCAACCGAGCGAGGACUCAGAUACAGACAUGAAAGAUGAAGAGGAGAGGGAUGAAGAGGAGGAGGAGAGGGAAGAGGAGGAGGAGGAGGAAGAAGAAGAAGACUUUGAGGAAGAGGAGGAAGAUGAGGAGGAAGAAGGUUUGACAAGAAAGGUUACCCCUCCCGCUCCGGAGCCGUCGCUGGAAACAGGCAAAGCGGCGGAUAUCCUAACUCAUUUGGAAGAACCUGAGUCCAAGUGACACCUGUCUAACCUCUUUAAUGGAAAAUCUCAUAAGUUAAUCACAGGGGAGUCAUCUACACCUGCAGCCAGUAUACAGGAGAAGGAUAACGAGCAACCCGAACAGGAGUUCUUCUCUCCAGCAGGGGAACAUGAACCAGUGUCGUCCACAGUUUCAGCAGAGUCAAGUAAAAAAAACUUUGUUCAUAAAAAGAAGAAGACCUCAGCCCCCGCGAAGGGCCAGGGGACUAAGCAAAAGGAAAAUAUCAUGCUUUCAACUGAAACUGCCUUUCUAGGGGUUGCUGCAUCUCCAGCCAAACGCAGUCGGAUCGACUUAAACAAAAAAGCACCUCGAUU